AUGACUAAGAGUGCAAAGAGCUAUAAGAGAACUAGGAAGACCGGUUUUAUAACGGUAAGGGCCGGUAGGACACCUUCACCGUCGCCUGAGCCGACCGCUUCCAGCUCCCCAAGGGGAGAAAAUUCACAUGAAGGAUCUCCUUCCCAGCGGGAUCACCUGAAUGGGGACUCGCCGAGGGAUGGUGAGGCUCAUGAACGUGACCCCUCACCAAGCAUGCGCUCAACUCCUCCUACCGGACCCUCAACCGAGGAGGUCAUGAAAGCCAUGGCUGUGUGCAUGGAAUUCAUGCAUACUUUAGGGGAACGCUUUCCGUCAGUAAAAAAGCCACUAUCUCCCCCUCCUAGAUCAAAUGAUCGAAAGAGGAAGAGUAUAACCGAGGGAGAAAAGCGUGCCCCAUCCUCAAAAGGGGAAGGUAGCCGAAAGGCUGGGCAUCCAGGUGGUUCUGGGCAGAAUCAGAGGAGAGGCUCCGGCCACUCCAAAAGUUCCAAAGCUCAAACCUCCGAAGGUCAUCAUGACAGCCACAAUGUUUCCCGCCGAAGCGUCCUUGAGCGCCUAGGUGGAAAAGGAGGGGUGCAUAGUCGCCUCACCUUUCCAGAAGGGUCUCAUCCUUCCCAGUCACGCGAGGGGACACCCCCCGCAUCCACCUCUCUGAGAGGGAGAAGCGGGGUUCCUUCGGCGAGGAAGAAGGGGAAGGCCGUAAUGGUUCCAACCAGUUCCCCAUUCCAAAGGUGGAUACUGGAAGAACAUGUGCCGACGGUUAAAAUUCCGGCACACAUUACAUAUGACGGUACUUCGGAUCCGAAGGACCACAUCGCCUCCUAUGAGGGGCAUAUGUACCUUAACCCCAGGUUCGAAGCUACCUGGUGCAAGUACUUCCCAACAACCCUUAAAGGUGUGGCCCAAUCAUGGAUCACCAAAGGGCUGAAGGAAGGCUCAAUAACUGGCUGGAGCGAUCUAGCCAAUAAAUUCAAAAGCAAGUUUUCUACGGCUAAUCGCCGAGAGAAAACUACUGCAGAGUUGAUGGGUCUGCAGCAAGCGGAGGACAAAAGUCUCCGAGACUAUUUGACUCGCUUUAGCAACGAGUCGUCCAGAAUAACAAGCUUGGACCAAAUUCUGGCCGUAUUUGCAUUACGGAAUGGCUUGCAAGCUGGCAAAUUUCUGGACUUCAUGGUCAUGCAUCCCCCGCAGACCCUGGAAGAAGCCCUCGACGCCUCGGAUAAAUUUAUCCGAGCCGAGGAAUGGAACAAGGCAAAGCUGCAAUCCCAAUCAGGGCUUGUGAAGCCAAAAGGGCAGCAGGCCGAAGUUCCAGCGUCAAGGAAAGGGAAGGCAAAAGCCUCAGAACCUCCCUUGACCGCAGAGCCGAAGAAGGAUAAGGCUCCCUUCCUAGGGAAAUUUGAAUCUUACACCCCUCUUACCUUGCCACGUACUAAAAUCUUCAGUGCGACGAGGGAGGAGGGAAGAUUCAAAAAGCCGAAGCCACCUCCUUCUUGGCACCAAAAGAAAGGGAAGGACCUUUGGUGUGAGUUCCAUGAAUCCCGUGGACAUCGCACCGAGGAUUGCCUUCAGCUGAAGGACCAGAUCGAAGAGCUGGUCCAAAAAGGAUAUCUCAAGAAAUAUGUCGCGGAACGCCGCGAAGAUAAGAAGACCGAGAAAGAUCCUCGGCAAGAGCUGGACUAUCACCGAAAAAGGGACAGGCCUCCCGAAGGGGGACACAAUGACAUCCUGACCAUUUCCGGUGGCAUAUCUCGGAACGCGCUUAAACGCCAUCUGAGGGGUCUCACCCAUCAGAUCCAUCAUGCCGAGUUCCAGAAGCCGCAGUCUCCGGUGCCGAACAUGACGUUCACAUCCGAAGACUGCAGGGGGGUGGUGUACCCCCAUGAUGAUCCAUUGGUUAUCAUGACAAGCAUUGCAAACCACAACGUCUAUCGGACACUAGUAGACGGUGGCAGCGGGGCGAAUAUACUUUUCCGAAAGGCAUUCGACCAGCUGAAGUUGGAGAGCAGGCAUUUGACUCCGGUCCCUUAUCCGGUCACUGGAUUCAACGGCUCUUCUUCAUAUCCAGAUGGGAAAAUUCUUCUUCCCGUCAGCCUUGGUCAAGACCAGGCGAGACGAAGCGUCAUGGCCGAGUUCUUGGUCAUCGACGCCCCGUCAGUUUACAACGUCAUCAUGGGGAGACCUCUCAUUCAUGAUGUUCAAGGGGUGGUCUCGACAUAUCAUCAGUCAAUGAUUUAG